AUGACUAAAGAUAAGGUGGAGAAAAUUAAGUUCUCUAAAUUUUGUGAAUCUUAUGGGAGCAGCUCUGAUGGGGCUUCUGGAGGAGUUGCUACCCUCUGGAAUACCAAGUUUAUUCAUGGCACUCCUAUCCGUCAUGAUAGUAACCAUGUUGCUACUUUGUUUAAACAUUCAAGGGAUGGGUUCUCUUGGAUUUUGUCCAAUGUGCAUGCUCCUAAUAAUAAAGUUUGCAGGAGGAAAUUAUGGCUAAAGCUCUCUUCUUUUCAUAGUUGUUGUCCCAAUACUCCCUGGCUUAUUAUGGGGGAUUUUAAUACCCCUCUUACGGAUGUUGAGAAAUUUGGGGGAUCCCAGAUACAGAUUGACAACAAAUUGGACUUAGCUGACUUCAUUGAUAGUCAAGGUCUGGUUGACUUGGAUUUAUCUGGAGCUUCUUUCACUUGGUCCAAUCGUGGUGUUGGUACUGACCUGAUUCAAGUUAGGAUUGAUAAGGCCUUGAUUUUUGUUGAUUGGAUCCAACAUUAUAUCUGUUCUCUGAAUUCUAUGCUUAGAAUUGGAUCUGACCACCUUCCUAUAUGUCUGAUGCUUGAGCCUAAAAAUGGUCCAUGA